AAUAAAAAAAGACCAUCACCAGCUGAUUGAAGGAAGCUAGUAAGAAUGUUAGUGGAUAACAUGCAAAAACAUGAAGUAAACCCAUCAAAGGCACAGUGUCAGAUUGUAGUGCAGAAUAUUGUUAAGCAGUACCCGGACAGCUUUGCUGAUGUUCUGUCUGAUGGAACAAAAAUAGGUAGUGGGUAUGCCUCUUUGCUCUUACAAGUUAAAACCCGUGUUGAACAUGUAAACAGAAACAACACUUUAGCUCAUCGGAGAAAAGAACGACUGCGAUCAUCAUGUAGAACUGUAAGCCAGAGCUCAAGAAGGCUGGCUGAUCAAUAUGGUUGUGUCAGUUGGCAGCCGGAGGAGUUUCCUGCAGGAGAAAAUGAUGACACUCUAGAAGAGAAGCACAAGCAAAUAGUGCUGCUUCAUUCUACUGAAGGAAUGUCUGGAGCCAAUAGAGGAGAACUUCACAAGUUGAUGGAGGUCACAUAUUACCGUCAGCGCCGUGAUAUAAACGCCACUCCACCACUGUCUGAACUAAAGAACUCAUGGCCUUACCUGUUUUGUCUGAAGGGGAUCUUUUUACAUUUCCAAUUGCUUACUGACAUCUCACUGCUACAAAAAAUCAUGGAGAGCAUUGAAGGGAAAGGAAAGAGGAUUCUAAGAUUUUUUCAAGAAAAACCAACAAACAAAGAGGUGUGUGCUGUUCUGUCAAAGUAUCAAGAGGGAAAUUUUCUUGUCCUGUGCAUCUUGAAACUCUUAAUGGCCCAUUUAAAAGAGAGAACAGAAUCACUUCUAAUUGAAGCUGAUGCAGCAGCAACUGCAGCCGACAUGGAAAGAGAGGGAUUACCGGAUUCACCCGCAUUGAUCAUUCAAGUCCUAUAUUCCUUCCACAGUUAG